UCAAUUUCCUAUAUAUAUAACAAUAAACACAUCUUUUUUUCCCAUUGUCCCACUAAUUAAACCAAACCCUUAAAUUUAGUUCUUUGUUUCUAACUCUUUUACACAAUUUCUACAACUAUAUAUUUCUUUUUCAACAUGUACUAUUUUCAUCAUGAGAAAAUAUCUCUUUUGAUUGUAUUUUUUGUUUUCCCCACUCUAGUUUUUGGGGAUUGUACUUGUGAUUAUGAAGCCAUAGAAGGCCAAAAUAGGGAAGCCCUCAAAUUCAAAAUUGGUGCAAUUGUUUCCAUUCUUUUAGCUGGAGCUUUUGGAGUAAGCCUUCCUAUAUUGGGAAACAAAGUCCCUGCCCUAAGGCCCGAAAAUGACAUCUUCUUCAUGAUCAAGGCAUUUGCAGCUGGUGUUAUCCUUGCAACCGGUUUCAUUCACAUACUGCCCGAUGCUUUCGAUGACUUGUCCUCGCCUUGCCUCCCCGAAAAUCCUUGGGGAAAUUUUCCCUUUGUAGGGUUCACCGCGAUGCUGUCAGCGAUAGGAACCCUAAUGAUUGACUCUUUCGCGACGGGGUAUUAUAAGAGGCAGUCUGGCGGCCGAGAUAAACAAGUGGGAUUGGAUGAAGAAACCGCCGAGGGGCAUACAGAUGGUCACGUACAUGUUCAUUCACAUGGUCAUUCUCAUGGCUCAAGCUCUUUACAACAAUCUAGUACUUCAUCUGAGUUAAUCCGACAUCGUAUUGUGGCACAAGUACUGGAGUUGGGUAUUGUUGUUCACUCAGUUAUAAUUGGCAUAACAUUGGGUGCUUCUCAAAGCCCUGAAACAAUAAAACCCCUAAUAGCUGCCUUGUCUUUCCAUCAAUUUUUUGAGGGAAUGGGACUUGGGGGUUGCAUAGUUCAGGCAAAGUUCAAAAUUAAAUCAAUCCUAAUGAUGGCAGCAUUCUUUUCACUGACAACCCCAGUUGGUAUUGCAAUUGGCAUUGGAAUUUCGAGUGUUUACAAUGAAAAUAGUCCAACCUCAUUAAUAGUUGAAGGGCUUUUCAAUGCUGCUGCAGCUGGUAUUUUGAUUUACAUGGCCUUGGUUGACCUAUUAGCUGCUGAUUUCAUGAACCCAAGAAUGCUAAACAAUAUUAGGCUUCAAUUAGGGGCAAAUCUCUCUCUUCUUCUUGGUGCUGGUUGUAUGUCUGUUUUGGCAAAAUGGGCUUGACACCAAUUAAGCACUACAUAUAAAUAUUAUAUAUAUAUAUACUCACAUGUUCUGAUUUAUAUAUACAUACAUAUUGUUUUGCUCUUCUUUUUAA